UUAAAUUCAAGAUUUGGGUCACAUUUGUAAAUACAAAAAUAUUUUGGGCCCAAAUGGGAAUUACCCUAACCUUGGUUGCAUUCUUCUGUCGAGCUAUAAAAGCUUCGGAGACCGCCGCCCUUUUCUUCCCCACGCAUCUGCCCUAGCCAAGAACUCGGAAUUCGGAGCUCAGAACUCAGAACUCAGAGCUCAGAGCUCAGAACCAGUGUGGCUGCCAAUGAAGGAGGAAGAAGUGAAUCGCUGUCAAAUUCAAGAAUGGUAUCCGAUAUUCAAAUCCUCAUCCAUCAAAACCCUAAUUCACGAGCUUCCAGAAUCGUUCGUUCACUAUCUCCUCGACGACUCUGGGCCGUUCCUCCUUCCGGUUUCCAUCUCAAACGAGGAUGCUCUACCCAAUAGAGUUGUUCAUCCCGAGGAAGAAGAGGAUUACCAGUUGAAAGAAGGAUCUGACGACGAAUCGGAGCAGUCCACUUCGCCUCCCUCCUUUCCGGAGCUUGAAUCUGAUGUUAAGCACUCGAUUCGUAAUCUUGGAGGUUCCGUCUUCCCUAAGUUGAACUGGAGCGCACCGAAGGACUCUGCGUGGAUUAGCCCUACCGGGACCUUGAAGUGCUCUUCGUUCAGUGAGAUUGCGCUCUUGUUUCGAUCGUCCGAUUCGCUUGUUCAUGAUCUGUGUCGCGCCUACGACUCCUGCGCCGAUAAGACGUCGUCGAGGCCAUCGAGAUUCUUCCUCGCGCUUCGUAAAUGGUACCCGUCCCUUCGACCGGAGAUGGAAUUUCGUUGCUUCGUGAGGAACCGGGACCUGGUUGGCAUUUCCCAGCGCGAGGUCACGACGUUCUAUCCUGCUUUAGUGGAGAAGAAAGAGAGUCUGCAAGCAAUCAUCCGAGAAUUCUUCGUCGACCAUGUGAGGUCAAGCUUCGAAUCGGAGAAUUACACGUUCGAUGUGUAUUUCACGAGAAAUGAAACGGUUAAGAUACUGGAUUUCAAUCCAUGGGGCGCAUUCACACUUCCAUUGCUGUUCGAUUGGGAGGAAUUGGAGGAGCAAACCGAUGAGGUUGAGUUCAGAAUCGUUGAGAGCCGGAGGGCGGUGAGGCCAGGAUUGAAGACUGCGGUUCCAUUCGAUUACUUGGAUACCAGCCCUGGAAGUGGAUGGGACCUGUUUUUGAGAAAUGCUGAUCAAGAAUUGCAGCAGCAAACCAGAGACGAUGGCUGAUGAAUCCUUGUUCUGUUCUUUAUUUAUGAAUGAGUAGCUUUAUAAUUUUUCCAGAAAUCGAGUUUUUGGUUAAAUUCUGGAAAUUUGUUAAUUGCCCAAAAUGGGAAAUGAUUGGAUCAUAGCUGAAUUUCCUAUUUAAUUUCUGAAGUUUUCAAUUUUUCAUGC